AUGAUAUGUCAGAAUGGUUGGUCGCCCUUACUUGAAGCUUGCGCUCGUGGACAUGUCGGUGUUUCACGUAUUCUACUUCAACACCACGCUAGAAUUGACGUCUUCGACGAAUGUGGCCGUACGGCAUUACAUUUAGCAGCUGCAAAUGGUCAUAUUGAGUUGACAAGAUUGUUGUUGAAAUACAAGGCCUUCGUUAACAGGUUAAUAAGAAAAUAUGGUCUCAAUACAAAUAAACUUUUAAGUAAGGCGAAAAACGGAGAAGCUCCAUUGCAUUUAGCUGCACAGUAUGGACAUGCAAAAUUAGUAGCAAUGCUUGAGCAUGGAGCUAGUCUGGAAGCCAUCACAUUGAACAACCAAACAGCACUCCAUUUUGCUGCCAAAUUUGGACAAUUAAUCGUUGCACAGACACUUUUAGCAUUUGGAGCUAAUCCCAAUGCCAAGGACGAUAAAGGGCAGACCCCGUUACAUUUGGCAGCAGAGGUGCUUUUACUACAAAUUUUUAUAUUUAAUAUUGUCAGAAUGACUAUCCGGACGUGGUUAAAUUGUUUCUGA